AUGGCUCAUUUGUAAGACAAAGCAGAUCAUUCAUCUUCUGCAACUUCUAUGCAGGAUUAACACAACUAACUCAAAAAAAUUGCUGAGGGUUUCAAAAUCGUAUCAUUGAAGAUGAAAAAUGCAGCAAAUGGCUAAGUAUUAUAUGAGAGCAGCGAGUGGGAUCUAUCUGAAAACGAAGUUAAAGAUGUGAGAUUCCCAAAAGAGAUGCUUCAAUGCACUGAGCUGUCUAGAGAACUAGUAUUUGAAUCUAGGGAAGCAAUAACUGACUUACAACUGCUGCAGAAAAUAUCACUCAAUAAUUAGGAAAUAGAGCACUUGUAUUUCAAGUUCGGUUUCGUGAUCCCCAACUCUCAAAACUCAUGGGAUUAGAUAAUUCAAGCUGACUCAGAGGGAAUUCUGCCUGCCGAAGUUCUAAGUGGAAAUCUUAUGGUUGAAACUCUCUUCAUUAGCUAGGACUAAGUUAUUAAUAGAAGCUUCUAUCGUGUGUUCUACGUUUGA